AUCAAGAUGAAAAUAAUAAAGCGCAACAUCUUGCCAGGCUCGAAUGUGCAUGGCUUCUGCUGCUAGCAUGAACGCGCUCUUUGACUCUGGUCUACAAUGGCACCUAGGGUAUUCGUGGAUUUGACAGCCAGUGAUAGCGAGGACCGCGAUGGGGCUGUCGCUUCUAGUGACAGGAAAAAGAAGACAUGGACAUCUUCAUUUCCAGCUCCUAAUGUUGUAAACAAACAUCGGCGUUCUGUUCAUCUACCCAGCCCAGCUUUAUCAACUUCUGCCGAUCCAAAAUUACAGGCGCAUGGUCGCUCGAAAAGAGCACAUGCAGCCUCACAGGUAUAUCUUGCAUCAAAGGCUUCAAGGCGCAAGCGUUCUGUGAAAGAAGCGUUUGGACGAACUGGCGUCACAGAGCUGCUCGAUCUCACACAGCCGGAUCCUGAAAAAGUCGCGCCAUCAUCAAAGUCUAAUGCACGAUCGACACUUAGAACUUCUAGUAGAAAUUCGAUGAAUGAUCUACUCGCGCGCAUUGCAAUCACAGAGAAAAACAGUGCAAGUCUUCUACUUGAUACGCCAACUGACAAAGCAUUCAAUUCGUGCACGUACGUCGGAGGACAAGCACCAUCGCGCAGUAGACCUACGGCGGUUUCGUCUCCGAACCCAGGAGAGCGAAUACUUGAGACAGUAGAAAUUCAUCAGCCAAUCUCUUGGCCAGUGUUGGCAGCAGGGGAUUCUUCUGAAAGAAACAACGUUGAGUCUUUGAAGCCAAAGUAUUGGGAUACAUUCAAUAACAGUAAUCUUAAUAAUCGACUUGGUCGGCCAUGGACAGAUGCUGAAACCGUUAUGGUUGCCUAUCUUUACGAGGUAGCCAAGCUGCCUUGGACUUCAAUCGACAAGAAAUUGGGUCGAGGGUAUAACUCUUGUGCGUCAAAAUACACUCGAAUCCCUACUGGUCUCAAGAACUCAGCUGUCAGAGAGAAGAUGAGACUGAUAGAUCGACUUCGAGCUAUCCAAGCCAUGCUCAACACCAUCGAUCUCGACAUAAAUGAAGUCACAGAAUAUCUACAGCGGUAUAUCGAGACCGGAUCGCUUCCGCGGGCAGCAGCUGAAGACUUCCGGAGGCUUUCUGAAUGGGACCCCACAGCAGAUACUCCCAUAUUUGGCACGCGUGAUGGCAGCGCGAUCGUGGACAAUUCGCGUGCAUCAUCAUCAUCUCCAUCAUCAUCCGAUCUUGAACAUUCAGCUGUUUACACCAUGACUCGAAAGAAGAGAGUAACGAAUAGCGGUGAAACGGUCAGCUUGGAGGGACUUCGUCUCAAUUCUUGUCUCCUUGCUGAGAAUGCGGAACUAAAUUCUGCCCACGAACGAGGUACUUCACCAGAUUCCGGUUCAAUACAUGAUUCAUCGCCUGAAAUUUCACUUGUGAACCAACCCGAGGAUCUAAGACUGUUUGAUUUUACUGUCAAUCCAGCCUCUGAUCAUGACUCUGGAUAUUAUAUUCAACGAAAAAAACCGUACUUGUCGAUCAGAGAAAUGUCAUUUGCGAAGCGAGCAAUCGCAAUCGAACAAGAAGAGGCAGGUGUUUGGCAGGGCACUACGCUGCAUCACGGCUUUUCUUUAUCUGAGAUUACAGCGGUCAUUGAAGCAAUCAACCGGGCAUGCCCUGAGUUAUACGAUCAUAAUCCAACUGGCCAGCUUCAUAAGUUAUUGUCAUCAGUUAAUGAUGCACAACUAAACAUAAUCGCGUCACUUGCCGCACAGGAUAAUUGUCUUCGAGGCCGGACCAGAAAAAGCAUCAGAAGUUUCUUGAGUGACGCAAUUGCAGGACGGGCUGUGCUACAGCCGUCUCGAGUUCGAAUCAGCCGGAGACGAUUUGUUCAGCUUCCAGAGCAAACGUGUCCCACGAAGCAAUUGCUUCAACGAGAGCUUGGAAUAAAGUCAUACAGGAGCUCAAUUUCCCAUGUCCGAGAUGCAUUAUAUGAUACGAUGACUGUCACGCGUUCUUUCACCGGGACAUCUGGCGAUGUAGGCAACUUGGCAUGGUCUCCCACCGGAAUCCAUUUUGCUGCAGGCUCUGCCUGCCUUGUGGACCAGAACAACAUGCAGUAUAACCAACCAAAUAAUCUGCUCUUCGGGAAUACGGAGCAAAAUAUGCUGUAUGAGCUUCCUCAUCAUCAUCGUGAGAGGCCCAAGGUAGACGAAGGCGUCAAUGCGCUGCAUUCUAUGCACAUGUCUCAAGAUUCACGACUAUUUGAGACAGUCUCAAUGGUCGAAUUCUCAUCGGAUGGUGCUUACAUGUUCUCUGUGGGCUACGAUCAUCAUCUCCGAAUGUACAAAGUCGACGGAAAUCGUGGCUGCUGUAAUUUACUAGACUCGUUUGACCACAAUGCGAAGAUUGAUCUUCUGAAUGUUAGUCGGAAAAGCGGUCUACUUGCUACUGGCUCUGCAAACGUUCGUGGUGGCGUUAAAAUCUUCAAACACGAUGAUCUGGGACUCAGCAUGUUGAAGCACUACUCCUCACCAAGAGCCAACUCCGCAACCGAAGGCAGAAUUAUGCCUUCUGCUCUUAAAUGGGGCGUCCAUUCCUCAGUCGCUGAAUACCUCAUGGUGGGGUUCUCUUCUAACACCGGUGUAGAAAUGAACGCGCCACCUGCACACGGAGAACUCUGCCUUUGGAAUGUCGAGAAAGAUGCUCAGAUACAAGUCGCUCCGGCUGCAGGCGAAAUUUUUGAUUGCUCUUGGAGUGCUUCCAGUGGCUUGUUCCUAACGGCAUGUGCUGCGUACGGCGUUAAUCUGAAUCGAGGAACGCGGUCUCUUGUCCGUGUUUACAGUCCCCUGCAAGAAGCGGGAGAUCUUCGCUGGACGACUCGUGGUCUGCAAUUAGAAUGCCCCGCACUUGACAUAAAUGAUGUGAUUUUCAAUCCAUACAAUCAGAUGCAUGUUGCAGCCGGAGCUACGGAUGGGUCAAUCUAUGUCUGGGAUCUUAGAAAUCCUGAUAAUAUUCUUCAUCGAUUGAGCCAUGGACAGCCUCUUAUGGAACUUGAUCCCGAUUUCUCUCGAGAAGCUGUUGAUACGGGAGUUCGAUUCUGUUCAUGGGCAGACAGAACAUCAAGGCUCUACUCUGGCUCGUCAGAUGGCAUCCUAAAGGUUUGGGAUAUUCAUCGUGCCACUGAAGAUGCUCACGUAAAGGACCUGGCUUCGUUCAGUUCCGGCAUAAUGUCUGGUGCCUUCGCGAACGAUUACUCAAAGCUAUUGAUUGGAGAGGUUAAUGGCUCUAUAAACCUACUCGAGUUGGGCGCUGACCCAAGACCAUUGAGUAAGGUGGAGAAUUUUGUCUUGCAGAAUGCUGAAGUGCAGGACGCUCAAUAUGAUCAGACUGAUGACGAACAUUCUGGUGUGGCCAUUGCAAGGAAUCUGGUUCGGGACGGCAAGAUAGAGAUCAGAGCUCUGGGUGGAUAUCCCAAAAGACAAGCGCUUCAGGGCCCAGCCUACGACGGACCAUAUGAUCGUGGAACUAAGACGGCGGCACAUCGAGCUCAAUCGGCUUUAUUUCAGCAUUCCGUAUCAGCAUCAAGUCCACAAUGCUCCCUAUCUGGCUGUAAAAGUGCUGGCAACUUCUUUGGGGCAGAGGAGAUUGGAGAUUCUGGCAGGUCCCAAGAUAGAAUACCACAAGCUCUGCGCGAUUGCGUGAAGUCAGUCCGGCCCCACAAAAUGACAGGUACAUCGACGCUCAAAUGCACACACUGCGACUGGCCGGCUCGAGUCCGAGAAGAUGAUCUGAGUCAAGCUGCGUUCCCGCUUUGCGAGAGGUGUUCUUUUGCGUGCAUUCGUUGUGGAGAAUCGAUAAAACUAUCGCCAAUGAUCGAUCAAGUGCAUUGUCGAAAGUGUGGUCUGGAAUGGAAUAUCGGUGUUCUAGGCUAUCAAUUGAAGCCGUCCUACUCUGACCCGAAACGUAAUCAGAAGUCCGACAGGGAAAGUCUUGAUGAUUCGGACGAUGCGGAUGAGCAGGGUGUGUCGAAUGAAGUUGGGGAUCUGCUGCAUUUGGUUGAAGAGCACCACCAUUCGUUGUGGGAAGACCAAAAGCCAGUCCAGUGCUGAACGACUUGGCUUCCUCCCGUGUCUGAUUGGUGUUAAGUUAGUCAAGUCUCGAGCUUAUUCUAGAAGGCGAGCUUCGUAACCAGAAGCAGCUACGACUGCAUGUAGAACGACACUGUAACAAAAAGAAAAGACUAAGAUGAAGGAUCGCAUCCCGAAUCAAGAAC